AUGUCUGUCUUGGACAAAGAUGAGCUUGAAUUUCCUAAUGAGGAGAACCCUGAUUCUAAGCCUGUCUAUGAGUUGUUUCGACAAAAAAACUCUAAGGCAAAACUCCUCAUAUUGAGUUCUCUGGAGAAGACCAUCGCUGAUUCGGUCAAGGAUCUGUACUUGACCAAGGACAUGAUGGAGGAGUUGAAGGAGAUGUAUGGGAGGAAAGAACGACAUGCCCAUCAUCAACUGGUGACACUCCUUUAUGGUACGAAGAUGGCUCAAGGUACUCCAGUUAUUGACCAUGUUAUGAAAUUGAGGAACUUGUUCCUGGAUCUGGAGAACCUUGGGACUUCAUUCAAGCUGAAUUAUAAGACAGAUGUCAUCUUCCACUAA